CUGUUUACUCUCAGAUAGAAAGAAGAAGAAUGAUUCGAUUCACGAUCUUGUGCUGCUUCUAAAAAUUAAAAAUCAUGUUACCUAAAAAACCAAUUAUUUCAUCUGCAGAGCAACACAGUUUUGACGAAACUCGAUGGGUCAUCAAUGUCCAAAAAUCUCUCGAUGCAGAGAUCGAAGAACACGAUCUCGAAGAAGUCACAGUCAGCAUUUUCAAUGUUCCUAAAGCAUUAAUGUGUAGCCAUCCAGAUUCAUACACACCUCACCGGGUUUCGAUCGGACCUUAUCAUUGUCUAAACCCAGAGCUUCACGAAAUGGAAAGGUAUAAACUAAUGAUCGCGAGAAAAACUCGAAAUCAAGCCAAAUCUUUCAAGUUUCAUGAUCUUGUAGAGAAAUUACAAUCCAUUGAGAUUAAGAUUCGAGCUUGUUAUCAUAAGUAUAUAGGGUUUAACGGAGAGACUCUGUUAUGGAUAAUGGCGGUAGAUUCAUCGUUCUUGAUCGAGUUUCUUAAGAUUUACAGUUUUAGAAAGGUGGAGACUUUGAUUAAUAGAGUUGGGCAUAACGAGAUUCUUAGAGAUAUAAUGAUGAUCGAGAACCAAAUCCCACUUUUUGUUUUGAGGAAAACACUUGAGUUUCAGCUAGAAUCGACUGAAUCAGCUGAUGAUCUGUUGGUCUCUGUUCUUACGGGACUAUGCAGAGAUCUCUCUCCUCUCGUCAUCAAAUUCGACGAUGAUGAGAUUCUGAAGGCUCAGUUUCAUGAGUGUAAUCAUAUCUUAGACUUCUUGUAUCAGAUGAUCGUUCCGAGGAUCGAAGAAGAAGAGCUAGAAGAAGAAGAAGACGAAGAAAACAGAGCAGACGACAAUGGCGGAAACAGAGCAAUUAGGUUUCUGGAAGAGAUUAAGCAUCAAUUCAAAAGGGUUUUCGCAUCUCGACCUGCGGAUUUAAUCUUGAGAUUCCCGUGGAGAAUCAUAUCGAAUCUUCCUGGAUUCAUGGCACUGAAACUUUCAGCUGAUUAUCUCUUCACAGGACAAGAAAACGAAGCAACAACAACGAGACGAGAAUCAUCAUCAUCGGUUUCGGCUUCCGAUAUCGAAAAGCCUCCUCUUGUGGAAGAACUGACAAUCCCGUCAGUCUCCGAUCUCCACAAAGCCGGAGUUCGAUUCAAACCAACAGCAAACGGGAACAUUUCAACAGUAACUUUCGAUUCAAACUCGGGUCAGUUUCACCUCCCUGUGAUAAACCUAGAUAUCAACACAGAAACCGUUCUACGAAACCUUGUCGCUUACGAAGCUACAAACACUUCAGGACCAUUAGUGUUCACUCGUUACACAGAGCUAAUAAACGGAAUAAUCGAUUCGGAAGAAGACGUUAGGUUGCUUAGAGAACAAGGCGUCCUUGUGAGCCGUCUCAAGAGUGACCAAGAAGCUGCAGAGAUGUGGAAUGGUAUGAGCAAAUCUGUGAGGUUGACCAAAGUUGGUUUUUUGGAUAAGACUAUUGAGGAUGUUAACCGAUAUUAUACCGGACGGUGGAAAGUGAAGAUUGGAAGAUUGGUUGAGGUUUACGUUUAUGGUUCUUGGCAGAUUCUUGCUUUUUUGGCGGCGGUUUUGUUGUUGAUGUUGGUUUCGUUGCAAUUGUUCUCUUUGGUGUUUAGCUCCUUCCUUCGGUUUAGAACCGGUUAGGCGUAAUUCGAGUUGGUUCGCUAUGUAUUUGUGUUAUUCCUAUUUCACUUGGUUUGGUUUGAUUUGGUUUAUGUUGAACCAUA